AUGGUGCGCUGCCUCGGAGUGACAAUCGACAACCAUCUCACCUGGCGGCCUGCUGUCGACGACCUGCGGAAGGGAAACUGCAAGGUACUCAGCGCAGCUCGUAGCCUCCUUGCGCGCGGCCGCGGCUGCACCCCGGCUCUUGCCCUACGCGUUUACAACGCCGUCGCUUCAGCCCGGGUCCUAUACCGCGCACCGGUGGCUUCGCUGAGUGCCUGCCAGCUGGCUGCCUUGGACGCCGACCAUCGGAACGCCGUACGGGAGUACUACGCACUCCCUCACAACUCCCAAGUGGGCCCUACCCUCGCUGAGGCAGGGAAAACGUCCAUCUCUCUGUGGAUCACCAAAAGAGCUCUCAAUCACGUGUGGCGCAUGAACAACACGGCGCAAGGGGGUCGCCUGGUCGACCGGCUCCACUCUCUCCCUCACUCAUCUCUGGGGAGGCGGUUGAGGGAGUACAUGUCGAUCGUACCGGACACGCCUUACCGCAGCUGGCCGGCCAUCCCUUCGUACCGCCACACACCCCUGGUCGUACACAGGACCCUCGCGGGCAUCAAGGCAAAGGCGCGCACACCCCUAGCAGCAACGCAGCAGGAGUGCUCCGCCCUCUUGCACGAUCAGCUGGCCGGGCGGCUGCUUGUUUACGUCGACGGCUCGGUGCUCCCCGACGGCUCCGCGGCCGCUGACUGUGUUGCGCCAUCGGUUGGCGCAGUUCGCAAGUGCCGCCAGCCCUGCCUAGCCUCCUCCACAGCGGCGGAGCUCGCCGCCAUCAACCUGGCAGCCGAUUUCCUGCUGGAGCAGUCAUCAAUCUGUGCGGCAGCCAUCAUCUGCGACUCCCGCGCGGCCUUGGCUGCCAUCUCUCGCGAGGAGGACGGUAGUCUUCUGGCGCAGAGGGCAGCCAGGCAACUGCACGCCGUGAAGCGAUGCGGAUGCGACCUCUCGCUGCACUGGGUCCCUUCACAUGUGGGUAUACCAGGGAACGAGGCAGCCGACCGAUCUGCAAAGGACGCGCACGAGCUCAGCACCGCGAUCACCGACUGCGUGAGCUUCUCAGACGUCGGUCGUCUUCUAAUAGCCUGCUACGUGCGCGAGCGACAUCCAGAUCUUCGCGUGGCAGCCGGCACGCCGCCGCGGCGGCUCCCUCUCAAGGGCCUCUCGCGAAGAGACCGCGGUUUCUUUCUCCGUCUCCGCACUGGGGACAACUACACCGCCGAGCGCAAGAAUCGGCACUCCGGGCGUGGCAGUCCAUACUGCAUCGACUGUGGCGACUUGGAGACACUCGACCACCUGCGGCUCGAAUGCCCUGCUGGUGACGCGAGCAGGCAAGUGAUGCUCGCCGUGUACAGCAAGCUUGGACUUCAUCGGGCAACAGCGCAACACCUUCUCUUUCCGGCGUGCCGCCACGAGCACGUCAAGCGUGCUCUCUCUGCCCUGCUGGACUUUUUUGACGGCAGCGGACGCAGCCUUACUAAAAUCAACAGCCUUACUAACAUGGAAAGUAAACAGCAAGAUGACCACGUCGCUGACUACUUCUCUGGGACCUUAAGUGCCGAUGACUUCGCCGAACGACAGCGAGCUGACUCGGAACUCAAGGGCCUCAUGGAAUACCUCGAGGGCGAGGCCACCGUUGUUCAAGUCAAGAUUGUCCACGGCUGCGAGAAUGGAGUUUUGAUGCUGCUUGAUGUCAAGUAA